UGUUACUAAAACCUACCUAGCCCACUAGAGCACAUUCUUGGUAGCUGACUAUUAUACCAAGACAUUCUGCUCUGCUUGCUGGCAACAGAACUCCUCUCCCUUCUUUACAUUCUCAGUCAAUUGGCGACGUUGCAAACGCCAUAUUGUUCCCAACCUGGAAUAUCAACCUUGAGGCUAUUUCCGACUGCCAAGGUUUACGUUGGUCAUUGAAGAAGUAGCGCUGUACCCAGGAAUUCUGCAUCCGUUUGCAAGAUGCCUUCCACCAGAUCGACCACAUCGGGCAUUGCCCAGGAGAAGACUCCUAUGAGGCGAACGACCACCUCGGCCACUGUCGAAUCGGACGUCUCAGCUCCGGGAACCGCUGUUCAGUCGCCUAUGGACUCGCCCCGCCACUCUGCCUCGUCCACCUCACUCUCUUCACUCUCUUCCGUUGAUGCGGCGGCCGAGAAGAAAUCCAACGAGUCUGUCGGCAAACUCGUCGACACGUACGGCAACACCUUUGAGAUCCCUGACUUCACCAUCAAGGACAUCCACGAUGCCAUUCCAAAGCACUGCUUUGAACGCUCUGCUAUUCGUAGCUUGAGCUACGUCGCCCGUGAUAUGGUCCUCCUGGCGACGACCUUCUACGUGUUCCACAACUACGUGACACCAGAGUACAUUCCCUCGAAGCCGGCUCGUGCUGGUCUGUGGGCCAUUUACACGGUGCUCCAGGGCCUCUUCGGCACCGGAAUCUGGGUUCUUGCCCAUGAGUGUGGCCACCAGGCUUUCUCGCCUUCCAAGACCAUCAACAACACGGUUGGCUGGAUUCUCCACUCGUCUCUGCUGGUUCCGUACUUCAGCUGGCAGAUGUCACACAGCAAGCACCACAAGGCCACUGGCCAUAUUGAGCGCGACAUGGUCUUUGUGCCCCGCACCCGGGAGGAGCACGCCAGCAGGAUCGGCCGCAUGGUCCACGAGCUGUCGGAGUUGACCGAGGAGACGCCUAUUGCCACCCUUAUCCACUUGGUUGGGCAGCAGCUGAUCGGCUGGCCUCUGUACAUCAUCACUAACAAGACCGGUCACAACUACCACGAGCGCCAGCGUGAGGGCCGUGGCAAGGGCAAGAAGAACGGUCUUUUCACUGGCGUCAACCACUUCAACCCCAGCAGCCCUCUGUACGAGAACAAGGACGCCGGAAAGGUGCUUCUCAGCGACCUGGGUGUCGGCCUUGUUAUCGCUGGCCUCGUGUACCUUUGCCAAACUUUCGGCACCCAGAACAUGCUGGUUUGGUACUUUAUCCCCUACCUCUGGGUGAACCACUGGCUCGUUGCCAUUACAUUCCUUCAGCACACCGACCCCUCGCUUCCGCACUAUACUGCCGAGGAAUGGAACUUCGUCCGAGGUGCCGCUGCCACGAUCGAUCGCGAGUUUGGCUUCGUCGGCCGCCACCUGCUUCACGGUAUCAUUGAGACCCACGUCCUGCACCACUAUGUCAGCACGAUCCCCUUUUACAACGCCGACGAGGCUACUGAUGCCAUCAAGAAGGUGAUGGGCAAGCACUACCGCAGCGACACUGCCGGCGGCCCUGCUGGCUUCCUUAAGUCACUCUGGACGAGUAGCCGCAUGUGCCAAUGGGUUGAGCCCAGCGCCGAGGCUGAGGGUAGUGGCAAGGGUGUCCUGUUCUUCCGCAACCACAACAAGAUCGGCACUCCUCCUAUCAAGAUGUCUGCUCAGUGAGUCGACUGACUGAGUGAGAGGCCGUGUUUAUGCCAUUUGUUUGAUUCAUCGGGCUGCUUUGUGGCUCUUCUUUCUGUAUCGAAGGUUCUGGGGGAACUUGUUUUGUUCAAGUUUUAUCUCCGGAUUUUAUAUCUCUUUCUCGUUGGCCAUUCGUUUGGUUGGCGUUAUGACUAAUGUCAGCGGCAGUCGUGGGCCGCGCCGAGGGCAAGUCAGGCUACUUUGUGGGAAUAUACCCGCCGUGGACGGCCCAGAUGACUGAUAGAGGCAUGGGCUUAGAUGGAUCUGAGAGAGCUAGAGGACAAAAGAACAAACUCGUUGUUUUCUAGGAAAAUUAGACUAUGCAAUGACCUUCUUGGCAUGCAUAAGGUGCGUCGGGAAGCAAAGGCUUAGACAAGCUUCGCGACUUCUUAUCAUUUAGCAAAUUCGUUUGAUAGAAACAUUUUUUUGGAACACCCUUGAUGAAAAUUGUUGGUCAUGUUAUAGGGAAAGAAUCAAAUGAAUGGAUCAAGGGAGCGCCGCGGCGGACAAAGUAGUUUAAAGAGGGUGAGAAAUCAGCGAUCGACAAAUAUGAACGAAUCACACAUGACGGUGUUCCGGGCAUUCCGAACUUGGAGCUCAUGCACGCGCGCGUCCACAUGAACAGGAAGGCUGUACUGAUUAUCUAAAACUGGGUCUAGUUCUGGUCAAAGA